AACUGGCAGUAUUCAAAGGUACUUUAUGAAAAUCUGGGAACGGAUUCACAGAGUGUACAAGCCUCCGUACAAGCGUGUGACAUUGUGCGGAAUAUUAGCGUGUUUUCUGCAUUUUCCCGGGAAAUGGAAGAGCGCUACGUCGUAAGCGGCACAUGUAACGUCGACAUCCAGAACAUGGUAUUGGAUUUUUUGCGAAACUGUGAUAAGGUGAACGACGCUCGUUUCGAACUGCUGUUGCUGGUAUCACUAGGCUACGUGUUAGGAGAGACAUUGCUCAUCGUUGGAAUCGAUGUCGUUGGCAGACGGCCGUAUUUAAUAUUUUCGGGACUGGCGGGUGGCCUGGCCUCGCUCAUGCUUAUUUUUCGGUUGCACCACGCGAUUCGUGUAACUCUGUCGUCGAUUUUCCUGGCCGCUUACGCUAUCGGACACACGACGACGUGCGUUUUGCUGCUGGAAAAUUAUCCCACCGCUCUGAGAGGCACAAUGAUGGGUCUGAUGAAGAUACUUCCCUACUUGACGCUUUUCGCGUUGCAGCUCUUUAUGAAGACGACCUGUCUUCUAAGUAUAAUCGUCGCGUCGGCCAGCCUAAUAGGUGCGGCAAUCGCGAUGCUAUUAGUGCCCAAUUUAACCAGAUUACCGAUGAAGGAAUAAUUCACACUUUCAGAAAUGUAAAAAGAAGAAUUCCUACGAACGAAGCGACUGUAUUUUGUCUCGAAUAAAAUUUUAUUUUGCGUGCCUUUCCUUUGCCAGUGUCUAUUAGCAUUGAAUUUAUUAAAUUGCAAUUAUCUCCGAGUUAGAAUUAUCAAUUCAACCCUCCGAAGCUGACGCUUAGAAUCCACUCACACAAUUAUCAACUUCUUUUUUUAAAUAUUCAAUAAUUCAAAUUUAUGUGUUGCAUGUCUACAAAUCUAGAUUAUUCUUA